AUGAACCUCUCUACACCGCCGUAUCGCCGCUCGAGGCAGUCGUCCGGCACCUCGUCCUCGCUCGCGACGCCCUCGACCCCGAGCCAUGGUCCCUCACACGAUCUGUCGAGCUCGCAGUCGUCGUUGCAUCCGCUCGGCUCGUCGUCCAAGCGACGCUUUGCAGCUCCUCCACGCGACAGGGGGCAAGUAGCGACACCUGUCGGCAAGUUUCUCGCUCGGGAGGGGCUCCAACGAACACCAGGCCAGAGUCCACGACGGGUUCGACAGCGCAGUUUGGCAGAAAAGUAGGGCGCACAGCCGCGACGACGUCAUCCAACUCGAGGCUGCUGCUCGUCAGCCGUGCGCACUCGGAGCUGACACCCUGUUCGUGUGUGUGUGUGCUGUGACAGAGCGAUCGACUGGCCAUCGAAUGCGAUCCUUUCCAUGUCGACCUCGUGGGAACUGCUCUCGUUCGACGCCGCCGGGAUUCCGCUCGGCAUCGGAUUGAACGUGCUUCACCUCGUGCUCCGACUGCCGAGUUUCGCGAGCGUGCUCCCGAGAUGGAUCACCCGCUCUUCGUCGGUCAGGUCCUCGAGGUUCCUCGCCCAUCCGAGCGAUUUCAAGACGGCCGAACAACGCCUGCGGGCGCUCAGGCUGCAGGCGAUGCAGAGUCAGAGGCUGAGCUGGGGCUGGCUCGUACGUCAGGCGUCGGACAGCACGGACUUGGAUCAAAUUCUGCCAAAGGGGUGCUGAUCAGAUCUGGCUGCCUUGCUGCAGGCGACGAUCCUUUCGAUAGUGUUGGUCGCCAUCUCACUUGGCAAUGCGGCCUACCUCUUCACGCGGCGGCGCAAGUACCACCUCAUGCUCCGAAAGGUCUGAUCACGUCGCUCUCUUUUCUAAGCGCUCCGACGACCUGACUCGCCCUUCCUUUCCUCUCACCGUGCCGCCGCAGGACCCACUGGCCUCUCCCAACGCUCGCUCAACAACGCUGGACUUUCAAGCCCCUCCAAACGCCCCCACUCGUCCUACACGGCGAAGCUUCUUCUCCUUCCUCAAAGGUCUCCUCUUUGCCAAGUCGAAAGCCAGCGACGACGACGGCACCGACGAGCCCAAAUCGUUCGAAGUGCAAGAGCUCGACGUCUGGACGCCGGACUACGUCAAAUGGUCCCUUCUCAUCUUUUCGUGCGUUCAUGUCCAGGAACCCUCCUUCGUACUCGGUCCGUGUUGGCUGAUGUUCAACGACAUCGCGAAUACCCUAGUUUUUACCCACCACCUUUGGCGGUCUUGUACCAUUUCCUCACGCCCUAUAACCUCAUCCCGUUUGCACUCGUAGGUGCAUUGGUCGUAAUGCAGGUAACUUAACCAACCCCCCCCCCCUCUCAUCCUCCGAAUCCACCUCCUAACCCCCCUCUCCCACUCGCACAGACGACGCUCCUCAUCCAUUCGUACACCCACCUCCUCUCCGAUCGACAAACGGUGCAAUCCGAACUCAUGCACGAAUACAACGCGCGCUUCGUCCACCCUCGUCUGUUUGUACAAAAGUAUGAUAAAGCGACGACCACGAUCGAUCCCGAGUUCGAGGGUUUCAGGACGGAGUAUAGGAGGCGUACUUUGGGGUCCGAUAGUGGGAUCGGGUUGGAGGAGGGGAGUGUGCGCAGUGCGGGGAGCUCGAGAAUUGGUUUGGGGGGGAGUGGGAGGAAGAAGAGGAUGGGUAGUGUAGGACUUGGUCGGAGGGAGCGGUAUGAACCGGAGGAGGAGGAGGAGGAGCAAGAGGAAGAAGAACCGAGUGAUCCUGAGGAUCAAGUCGUUGAAAACCACACGUACCGCGUCGAGCACUUGAAGGCAAGUGGAAGGAAAUUGGUCAGUGCGUCGACCUCGACGUCGAGUUUGACGAACACAGCAACGUCUUCUGGUAGUGGUGGCAGGAGAGGUAGGAAGAGUGUUGGGUAUGGGUUAUAG